CAAUAUAAAAGCAAAAUGCAAAGAUUACUACGCCACCAUUUAAUUCCCACGCUUUCUUUUACUCGCCAAUAUCGCUAUCCAACUACCUUCCUCCAGUUCCUUCGGAACCAGCCCGAGCCCCAACAUACACAACUUCUAAAUGGUGUCAAUGUUGUCACAUUGCAUAAAGAGGGAUGUAAAGCAUGUGUGGGUUUAUUUGCGGACAUUGGGUCGCGGUACGAGUUGGAAUUCGAAAAUGGCAUCGCACACUUGUUCGAGCAUAUCGUUUUUAAGACUACUAAGUGUACGUCGAAGGUGGACAUGGGGAAGAAGAUUAAUGCUUUAGGCAUCAAAUUACACGCGUUCACAACUCGUGAGAUGGUGGGCUACUAUGCCUACUGCCUGCCCGAGAACGUAGGCAACGCCAUCACCAUCCUGUCCGAGUGCGUCAUGAACAACGCCCUCGCCUGCGACGACAUCUCCUGCGAGAAACUCAUCAUAUACGAGGAAAUCAUCAAGCAAGACACAGACCCUAAAACUUUAGUCUUUGACUACUUACAUUCCACCGCUUUCCAAGGCACCAGUCUAGCCAACACCGUACUCGGCACCACAAAAAAUCUUUACAAUAUAGACCAGGUCCUAACAAACCAGUAUUUGCAGAGAAUUAUGCAUCCGUGUAGAUUCUGCUUAUGUGCUGUGGGCGCCGUGUGCCAUGAGCCGAUAGUCGAGCUGGCGAGCAACUUUUUAUCAUGGACCGUACCAAGUCCGUGUAAGGAAACACUGUACAGAUAUACCGGGUCGGAUGUACGCUACAGAAACGACGCAUUGUCAAGAGCGUACGUAGCUUACGCCUUAGAAGGUCCAGCGUUCAGUAACAUUGAUACGGUGUUUAUGGAUUUAGCUGCGACUUUGAUAGGUGGUUGGGAUAAAACACAGAUCGGUGACCGAAAUCAUGGAGUGAGUGUCGCUAGAAGAGCUUCCCUCGGGGACUUCUGCGAUUCUUACAAAUCGUUCAACAUAAAGUAUAAGGACACUUCGCUUUGGGGUGUUCAGUUUAUAUCCUCCUCGUUGCAACUGGAAGACAUGCUUUACACCCUUCAGGACUCCUUGCUUGGUAUAUGCACGAUAGUUACUGAAGGCGAAUUGGAGAGAGCUAAAGAGCAAAUGAAGAGUAACUUACUGUACGACACGGCGACUUGCUACGGCGCAGCGAAAGACUUGGCGACUCACAUGUUGUACAACUGUUGUCACUGGCCAGCGAUAUCUGACAGGUUGGAAUUUAUAGAUAAGAUAUCAUUGGAGGACUUCAAGAGCACGCUGUAUGACUAUAUUUACAAUAAAUGCCCGGUCAUCUCGGCAGUGGGUGCCACUGAGGGUUUGCCAGAUUAUACCAGGAUUAGAAGUGGCCAAUACUGGCUUAGGCUUUAACAUUAUCAUUUUGCCUUUUGCUCUUUAACUCAGCAUCUUGGUACGUUUUGCAGUUGUUUUGGUGAAUGACCAAAGG